GUUUAGUGAGGCGAGGGGCGGUGAGGGGGUUGCGUGGAUUUCCACUUUUAUAUCAUAAUGGAAUGGGUGUGUAGAGGGGGGGACACGUAAGAAUUUGGGCGCUUUGCGUGGGCUCGGGUUUCCUGAUGGGGAGGGGGGUUGAGACUGUGGUUCGCACCGGCGGAUGUCUUGGGUUUUGGUGCUUUCGUGAGGGUUUAUCAUCUUUGUUGUUCUGCUCAGAGAACACUCAGAGAACAAAGGAUAUUCCCACGCACCCCGCUUCUUCCCCCCUCUAAAGCACUCUAGGGCACUCUAGGAGAGGAGCACCCUAUCUGUCAACCGCAUGGACAUCUCGUGGGGAACCAGCUACUACUACAGCUGUACCCAUAGUAGUAUGUGCCACUGUGGUGCCAUUAACGUGCUAACAUCCACGAGGCUGAGGGUCUUAGAAGGAGGGGUACUACCGAGUGGGGCUCAAGUGAACCUCCCCCGCCGAGAGGAGUCCGAGUGGUGCUAUAUCAUUCACUUUGAGCUAUCUCAUUGGAUUACCCCUUCACAUGCUCUCGCUACCCACACUCUAGUCCCGCACAUAGCACCGCGAGCUACGUCAUAUAUCCCGUUCCUGUCCUGUAUCAGUACAGAAACCUACCCGCGCCUCCUGGUGCAAACUUUUGCUAUACCUCAAGGUUUGCUAUGCUUACUACGCUGGAUAUGAGAGAGAGGCAACCUUGUACAGAAAAUGUUUUGACUCUUAUGCCGAUCUUUGUAACCCCGCGGCCUAUCAAGCUGCCAUGAUUAGCAGGGAUGGUAGAUGCUUUAUGCCCGACCAUUCUCGUUACAAUGACAUCUUCAACACAUAUAGCGCCUCCCCCUUGAACGUACCACAACGUACCAGAAAAAUCGUUCAUCAAGCUGCAUGGCUAGAGUCAAACUUGCUUAAGAUCAGCUCCCCUCAUCGUUUCACCAGAACGUUCCAUCCCUACCCCAUCGGUAUAAAGAACAAACACCCUCAACUCCAAUAGCGUACCUUUGUUCAGAUAAAAAACGGGUUCAUUUUAUCCCCCUUCAAGACUUCGCCUCUAUCCCUCCUGCUGAAGCUGUCUGCCCCUUCUCCACAUAUAAGAGGGACCACUUUGCCCACUUCCCCAGACUUUUCCCCCAGACAUCCCACGCUCGAAUAGAUAGGAUCUACCAACGAGCAUAAGUGAGAAAAAAGCAAAAAUCGCCCACAACCCCCACAACCAUGGACACCAAACCCCAGAAGAAAUCGCUGCAGGUGCCGCCCAAGCGGCCGCACCUAACGCGCCUAUCGUCCAUGACAUCCACCAAAGACGAUGUCUCGGAUGGCGGCACGGACGUCGUCGUCGUGCCACACAGGUACAUGUUGAAGCGCUCACAGUCGUUUUCUUCAGGCUUUGCGGCCUCGCUCGGGAAGGCGAGGAAGGAGGUCGGGUCGAUGGAUAUCGAGGAUGAGGCCGCUGUGCUGCCGACUUCGCCGGAGUCGCCGGGGAGUCCGGAGAUGUUUGGUGCGACGCCUGAGGAGAGUGCGCCUGCUACGCCGAUUACGCCUAUUACUCCUCUUGAUGGACUGCCUUCUGCUGAUACGUUUGCUUUUGCUUUUGAUAUUGAUGGCGUGCUUGUGCGUGGUGGUCAGGCCAUCCCUGAAGCUAUCGAGGCGAUGAAGAUGCUCAACGGGGAGAACAAAUAUGGCGUCAAAGUGCCGUACAUCUUCCUCACAAACGGCGGCGGCAAAACCGAAGCCGAGCGCUGCCUCGACCUCUCCCGCCAACUAGACAUCUCCAUCAGCCCCGCCCAAUUCAUCUGCGGCCACUCCCCCAUGCGAGAGCUCACCGAAGCCUACGGCACUGUUCUCGUCGUCGGCGGCGAGGGCGAGAAAUGCCGCCAAGUAGCCGAGGGAUACGGUUUCAAAGACGUCAUCACCCCUGGCGACAUCAUCAAGCACGACUCCGCCACGACGCCCUUCCGCAAGCUUACUGCUGAGGAGCUGCGCUGUAGCAAGUCGGGCCGUGACUUGUCAAAGGUCAAGAUCGAGGCUAUUUUUGUUUUUGCGGAUUCGAGAGAUUGGGCGGGAGAUUGCCAGAUCAUGCUCGACCUCGCCAUGUCGAAAGGCGGGUACCUGGGUACACUCUCCGAGACCUUUGACGAGGGACCACCCAUAUUCUUCUCGCACAGCGACAUGGUCUGGAGCGCUGCGCACGCUAAUGUGCGACUCGGCAUGGGAGCGCUGCGUCGCAUGCUCGAGACGCUAUUCCGCGACGUGACGAAGGGGAAGGAACUCGACACCAUCGCUUUUGGCAAACCUCAGAUUCCGACCUUCGAGUUCGCGACCCGUUUGCUGCGACAAUGGCGAAAGGAUGAGCACGAGAUCGACGCCCCGCCCGAGACGGUGUAUUUCAUCGGCGACACGCCCGAGAGCGAUAUCCGCGGCACCAACGAGUUUAACAAGCACAGCGAGAAUGAUUGGUUCAGUGUGCUUGUUAAGACGGGGGUGUGGCAGGAGGGCACGGAGCCGGCAUAUAAGCCGAGGGCGACGGUGGAUAAUGUGCUUGAGGCUGUCAAGUUUGGGCUCGAUAGGGAGUUUGGGGAGAAGGGGGCGAAGGUCCCUACGAAGAAUAUCAUUGAGCCGCUGUGCCUUGCUGAUGCGGGGGAGGUCCCUGCUGGGGCCAUCCCGACGGCGACGCUGAGGUGAGAUGGUCGCGGUUGCGAUGAGAGAUGAGAGACGCCGGAGACGUCUGGUUAAUGACUAAAAAGCUGUGUUUUUGGAAAGAGGAGGACUAAUACCCUGGCGUACCCGAUGACUAUAGAUCAAUUUCCGCGAUACCCUUCUCGAUCUGGAUGAUCGCGGGAGGGUUUCUUAUUUUUAUUUUUAUUUUUAUUUCUAUUUUCUUCUUUCUCUCGCCUCGAUUGAGGAAGUGAGUUUUGGGUUGGCGGAGGUUUGGAUAGAUUGUUCACGAAUAAAAUGAAUGUAGAGGAUAAAGAUGAGAUGGGAUAGAAGGUAGAUCAUAGAUUAUAAGUCUUAGAUCAUAGACUAUAGAUUUGGAUCUUGACACUCAACAUUUCUCAUAAAUGAAUAUAGCGAAGAGAU